AUGAGACUGUUCCACGUCACCUUUUCGAGCUUUGAAGGGACAGUAACCAUUUGUUGCUACCACCACCAUUUCUUUAUCUUUCCCACACAUCAUAACAUAACCUUCGAACCACAACGUAACAUGGCGAGGCAAUUCAACUACAAACUCCAAGGUGGUCGUGAAGAGCUUCGAAUUCAAACUCUUGUUUUCGUAUUAUGUGUCACCCUCUCCCUUCUUGCAGCCAUCAUCUUCUUCUGUGCAGAUGGAACCAAGAAUCCCAAAAGAAACUCCGAAGACAACAACAAUGGGCUCGGAGGUUCAGCCUGCGCCGCCGGGUGUGGCUCAGCAUGUGGCGGAGGCUGCGGUGGUUAA